UAUCAAAGCCUUAUUAUGCGAACAGAAAAUACCAGGAGCCGCUGAGCAGCAGAGCAGCCAGAGCACGGACUGGACUGGAGUGGAUUUAAAGGAAAACUCAACAUUAUCGGAGCUGAAAUGGACCGCUCCGUUGCCUCAUGGAGUUUGAUUACACGCUGGGCGGCUGUCUUACUCGGACAGUUGGGAUCAUUUUAGGAAAUAUUGCGCAGAAGUGCUCCAGCUCUCAGACUUGGGAUCAUUUUUGCCCCUGAAGCAGAGAGAGAGAGAGGAAUUAUGGCUUAAAAAAAAAAAAACAACAACUCAACGCUUUGCGGGAUUAUUCGCUCCUCCGACAGCCGGGAUCGGCUCGUGCUUGUUCGCCAGGCGUGUUGUUCCGGACGGAUAGACAGUCCCGAGCUCUUUAUUUAUUUAUUUGACAGCUUUGGAUCAUGGAUUUGGGCUGGUGGAAAACAACAAGGGGCAGCGACGCGAUUCCCCUGCGCUGCCUGCGCUAUGCAGCGAGCUGAGGGCUUCUUUUUUUUUCUUUCUUUUUUUUUUUAACGCAGCGUGUGCGAUUAUUCCGAUGCCACAAAAGUUACAAAGCGAGUGUAAUGCGUGGAUUUUAACCGUUUCGCCGUUCUGCACCUGCUUUUAGGGAGACCGCGUCGUCACGGCGGAGAUUCGUGACAAAAUAGCGCGUGGAUCCGCGUCGCUUGGCUGAGUCUGUCUUUCCGCGGCUGUGUGGGAUACUUGAACAUUAUUGUAAUGGAGAUUGUGGAGGUUUAUACUCAAGGUCAUUGAGUGUUUUACGGCUAUAUUUGCCCUGUUAUUUACACACACACACACACAGGGUUAUCCUCCCGUUAUAGCGCAACCUACAAUUGUCAGUCUAGUGUGUGUGUGUGUGUUUGUGUGUGUGUUUGUUAUUGCACGGUGCAGCGAGCGUUUAGGAAAGCUCCCACUGUGGAGGAGUUAUAUUUAUAUUUCUUUCUUUGACACUCUGUCUCUCUAACAACAUGGAUGGGAAAUUGAAGCCGGGUCGCAGAUGCAGGACCAAGCGGGAGAGGGUGCGCAGGUUGCGGGAUGCAGGGAGCAGAGACGCCCGCAGCCCCGACCCCAACUCCUCCUGCUCCGACAGGGAGGGACACAGUCCGGGGAGGGACGCCGCCUCCCUGCCCGGUAAAAAGGCGCCGCACUCCGCAGCCGCCGCCAGAGCCCCGCGUCCCCCCCGCAGGAAGAGACGGGAGUCCAGCUCACAGGAGGAGGAUAUCAUUGAUGGAUUUGCAAUAACCAGUUUCAUCAGUCUGGACCGUCUGGAGAAGAAGACCAGAGUCGCCAACUCGCAGGAGAAGAAGGAGCGCUGGAAGGAGAAGAAGGUCGCGAAGCGGCAGAAGAAGGAGGACGAGGAGGUGGCGGAGGAGGAGGAUGAGAACGUCCAGCCAGUGGUGGAUCCCCUGGAGAACGGCUUCCUCCACCACGCCCAGCGAGAGCAGGAGAGGAUGAACGAGCGGCUGCUGAAGAGGACGUACUCCAAGAAGAACAAAAUGAUCAAACCUUUGGCACCACGUCCUGUCAAAGUCAGUGAAGAUGAGACGGUCCAGGAGCUCAGCCGACCGCACAGGAGCAACUCCAAGGAACAGCUCAGUGAGAGCUCCACUCACUCGCUGUCAGGCCGCGGCUACUCGGUGCAGCCAGCAGCAGUGGCCCUCCUCAAGUGUGACAGCGAGAGUGACAUUGACGACAAGGUGUCUGAUGUAGGAUCAGAAAAGCUCUUUUCACCCACCACACCCAAAGGUGUGCCAGCGAAUGAGAUUCCUGAGUCCAAGACCUGUAGCUCGGCCAAAGUAUCAGGGCUCCAGCGGAGUCAGGAGCAAAGCAUCAGUGAGGUGCCCUUCGCGCCUCCCGUGCCCAGCCCCACCCCGGCUUCGGCACCCACAGGCUCCCCCGCCCCCGCCGCAGCGGCGGCGCCUCCAGAACCUCCUAGGUUACGCCUCCCGACCCCACCUCCUCUCAGUGUCAAGAAGGAGCAGCAGCAGCAGCAGCAGCAGCCUCCGCCCCCUGUCCCUACCCCUCCCCUGCUGAAGGCACCACCCCAUCCCCAGCCCCACCCUCCGCACCCACACCCACACCAACACCCACAUCAACACCCACACCAGGAGCCACGUGUUGUUCUGCCUCCACAGCACCACGCACGGUCAAUUAUCAGCCACCAGUUGCAUCACCCGCUGCAGUACAGCAGCCUCCACGACAUCAGCCAUCGCAGCAGUCCGGUGGCUCUUCCCAAACAGCACUUGCCCCCGUCCCCGCACCACCAUCACCACCACCUCAGUGGACUGCCGUCCUCGGCUCCCGCCUUGCCUCUGUCCAUAGCCAACCUCUCUACCUCGCAUUAUUCCUCCCUAAGGAGCCCGGCCCAUCGCCCUCCGGCCAUGUUUGCAACCCCAGCCACACUGCCUCCACCACCAACUUUACCUACCAACAGUUUAGUGGUGCCCGGGCACCCAGCCGGCACCCCCUACCCAGAGCAUGACCUCCUGAGGCAGGAGCUGAACAACCGCUUCCUGGUUCAAAGUUCAGAGCGGGGCCGGGGGCCGUCCGCCGCGCCGCUGGCCCCCGUGUCGCUCCUGAGGGCCGAGUUUCACCAACACCAGCACAUGCACCAGCACCAACACACCCACCAGCACACCUUCACGCCCUUCCCCGCCAGUCUGCCCCCGGCCGCCAUCCUCACCCCGCCCACCGCACCCCCCAUGUUCGACAAAUACACCCCCAAACUGGACAAUCCGUUCAUCAGACAUUCAAACUACUUCCCCUCCUACCCCCCCACCAUGCCAGGCAUGCCCCCGCUGCUCCCACACUCAGGACCCUUCAGCUCGCUGCAAGGAGCCUUCCAGCCCAAGCCAUCGAAUCCCAUUGACGUAGCAGCGCGUCCCGGAGCAGUACCUCACACACUCCUACAGAAGGAUCCGCGGAUAACAGAUCCAUUCAGGACAUCUGUUAGGAAACCUGGCAAGUGGUGUGCAGUGCAUGUCCAGAUCGCAUGGCAGAUCUACCACCACCAGCAGAAAAUGAAGCAAAUGCAGCUGGAUCCUCACAAACUCGACAUGAACGGGAAGCUGGACCUGUUCAGCCGACCCCCAGCUCCUGGAGUCUUCCCAGGCAUCCCGUACCCUCACGACCUGGCGAGACCCAUGUUCUCUUCCACAGGCUCUGGCCACCCAGCGCCCUCCCCCUAUGGCCCUGCCCCUCACCCCAGUGGCUUCCUGCCUCCUAGCCAUUUGGCAGGUAAGUAUCCUUUCAGUCGCUCCAGUUCCUUUGGCGGCCUCGGCAACCUUUCAAGCAGUGCCUUUGGAGGAUUAGGCAACCCCUCGCUUGGGUCCAACAGUAUGUUUGGCGCCAAGGAGGGGCCAGGAGGCCUGCCCACGUUCGGCAGCCCCCACCACGACACCUGGAACAGACUGCGACGCACCCCGCCGUCUUUCCCCACCCCGCCACAGUGGCCCAAGACCGCAGACACCGAGAGAAGCAGCUCAGCCAACAGCCACGAGAGAGAGCGGGAGAGGGAGCGAGAGAGGGAGCGGGAGAGGGAGCGGGAGAGGGAGCGAGAGAAAAGAGACUCGUCCAUCGGGAAGGAGGAGAAGGACAAAGACAGGGAUUCUGUGGAUCGCAAUCGACACUCCAACCGCUCGUCCCCGGCCUCCGCUCCCGUCAGCUACCAGAUCAGUAACCUUAUCCGCUCAAACAGCCAGAACUCCAGCGACUCGGGUCGGCAUCACAGUGGCAGCGUGGACCGAGUUCGCGAGGCGGAGAAGGAGCUGCUGGAGCGCCACCGGGAGGCUUCCGCACUGGCUGACGUGAAGGUGAAGGAGAGUCGCUCCCCCGGCAAGGAGAUGCUCGAGAGGAGGUCCUCGGAGGAUUCCAUCAAACAGUCUCAGCGCUCUCCUUCCCCGUACUCCAAGGCAGUGAUCAACGAGCAGAGCAUGAAGAUAGCAGGCGGGCCGCCACCGACACUCAAGGACAACGAGAAGAAAGAGCCCCCGUCGGUGGACCUGCUCCACAAGGUGAAAAACGACAUGAAGAUUAAGGAGGAGAGGAAGGAAGAGCAGGAGGUCAUGGUGGUGAGCUCGGAGCCCGCGCCCCAGCCUCCAACCCAAGCUCUUCCUGCUCUCAUUGGGCAGCCCGGAAACCCGCACCACCACCACCCACCUCUGUCCCAGCAGCCGCCUCUUCCCUCACCACGUGGCAAUGAAAUCCCGGCACCGGGCUUGCACGGUGUCCCCAUGGCUCACUCGCUGCCCCUCUCCAUGAGCGCCAUGCCCCAUAUGGGCAGUCUCAACGUGCUGGACCGGGCUCGCAUGGCUCCCUUCAUGGGCGUGAGUCCUCUGGCUGGAAGAGAGCGUCUACCCCACCCGGCCUUCCCGUGGGACCCACUCAAAGAGGCCUACCGCAGCCUGGACCUGCAGCGGCGCAUGGACUUCCAGCUCAGGGCCGAGCAGGGACACCGCUUCCCCAGCGCGUACGAACAGGAGCGAGCGUACCGCGAGAGGGAGGCACAUGACUACUCGCACCAUGAGCACCUGCUGGAGGUGCGCCGGGAGCACGAGCGGAUGAGACAGCAGGCGGAGGAGCGCGAGCGCAUGCACCUGCGGGAGGAGCUGGACAGAGCCCGCCUCCAUCAGCUGCACCAGUCCCCCAUGGAGGGCCACCUACCCCACAUGCCUCCCUUCAUGCCCCACCUCGGUGGCAUGCCCUACCCCAGACUCAGCCCCUCCACGGGACACAACGGCCCCCUGAACAGAACGCCCCCUACCGCUGCACUCAGUGCGCCCCCGCCCCUUGUGCCAGCUGGCAGUGCCAGGCCAGCCUCACCCAGGAGGACUACCCCCCUCACACAGGACCCACGAGACUACUCCCCGUCCCGCAACCCCAAAGAGGUAGAGGCCCGGUAGCUUCUUUUUAAAGGAAGUGCACAAAAUCUUAUCAGACACACUCACAAACUCCACUGUCCCCUCAUUUGAAAUCUCCCGGUGAACAAAAUGCACUGCUCUUCAUCAAAGGAGAGCAAAAACUCCCAAAGGGAAAGGGUAUGAUUGUAGAGUGAAGGUGUGGACGGCUGAUUAAGCACAUGCCAUGGCUUCACUUUUUAGUGGACUGGAGGCUCCAGAAUGUCGGUGACGGAAACGCAAACGCGCGCGUGUUUCUAUCCGACUUAAAUAUUUGAUAAUUAAUAUAUUAAUCCAAUAUCUCUUUUUUCAGCUGCGCGCGGAAAGAGAGGUCCUGAAAUGAGUUUGUACAUUUCCUAUCCGUGUUCCAUGUAUAAAUAUCAUUUCUAUGAAUUUUAUGUAUUUUGUGCAUUAGUCACACAUUUUACAAUAUUUAUCCCAGCUGAUUGUGAGACAUAUCCAUUAUGACCCACUGUAAAGACUGGAGUUUUGCUUUCAGCCGUCAAUAACUUAACCUCAUGGUACCAGGAUAUCCUCAACGAUGACAAUGUACGACGUUACAUGGCGACAUAUGUUCUGUUCGUUUGUUUUUGCCUUUGAGAUAUGCAGAUAAAAAUAUAUAUUAUGGGGUCUUUGUUCAGUCUCUGUAAAGUAAUCUGAUGUAAAUAAAUUGUUCAUAUUCCUCUGCUGCAAAAUUACCAUGUAAAUUUAUUAGGCUUUUUAACCAUUUCUAGAAAAACAAAAUGAAAUGAAACACGGUGAAACUGACAGACCUGGCUAAACGGGCGGGGUUGUACGAUGGGAGGGUGUUGCGAGGGGGGCCGACGAGGAUCAUCUGCAAUCUAUGCAAAGCAGCACUCAGCACCCUGAUGGAGAUCACCUGGAGGGAGCAGACAAUACUGGCGACACUUGAGAGAAACCUGGAUUAACACGUGUUUAUGUUCACCAAUGAAAUAAUGACGGAUCAUUGACAGACUUCCAAGUCACAAACUGGACCAGCCCCGGACAGAAGAGAAGGACGCUUUCAGUGGGCAGCAAAAGGACGUUUUCUGUCGACCUUGUGGUGUUGUGCAGUUGUUUUUCUUAGACUGUUGUAUACAAAACAAAGUAGAGUUUUAGGCCUGCAAAAAAUGAAAAUGAACAUUCACGGUUUAAAAAUGUACAGAAUAAAGUUUGGACCUAAUGUCA